UUUAUUUUCCAAUUAGAACACUCUACCUCCAAAAGUGCUGCUUGUUGGAAAUACCAUGGGUUCCCAAGAAUCAACACAUUCCAUGCCUCCUUUAUCCGAAACCAUCAAACAAGUCCUUAAUUCGUGUCAUUAUGAUGAGUUUGGUAACACAACUGACCCAAGCCUCAAUGUGGAGGCUCUGUUCAUGGUUGUCUCUAACAUCAUGGAAGCUUCACUUAAGGUCUCAGAUCCAAACAUAAAGCUUGUUAAUGUUAACAAGGAGGCCAAGUCAAGUCUUCCCGGUUUCAAGUCACCCAUAGAACGGCUUCAGAAAAUUGCGUGUCAGAUGAGGAGUACAGUUGUUGAUAAGGACUAUUUGCAUGCACAAGAAACAGCAAAGGGGAUAAUCACAGAUCUGAAGGAAUAUCCAUGGCAUGCAAGAGCAGUGAUGGCACUCGCAGCAUUUGCUUUAGAUUAUGGGAACUUCCAUCUUCUUUCUCAGGUUAAAUUUGGCGACCAUCUUGGAACAUCCUUGGCUGCCUUGAAUUAUAUUCCAGGCAACAUUGUCAUUGACGAUGGACCCUUGAAGGAAACCAUUUCCAAAUACAACUGUCUAGUGAGGGACGUUUUCUUAACCGUCCAAUGUUUGGUUAAGUUGAUGGGAAUGUUGCAGCGAGAAGUUUAUGCUGAAUUUGAGGACAUGAAUCUCAUUUUGGAGAAUGCUAGGCACGAUUUCCCUGAACUUGUUUAUUGUGCUGUCUUUGCCACUGUUGUUUGCAGCAGUUCUUUUCACAUUGGCACUUAUAGUCGGUGA